AUGUGCAAAUGGGCCCUUUACUGCGUCUGCGAUGGGCAUGGUGGCAGAUCUGCUGCAAAAUUUAUGGAGGAUAACCUUGCCAAGGAGAUGGCUAAGCGGCUACCAGAUCAGUGCCCUCCACCUCUUUUCACUGAGGGCUGGCAGGCUUGGGGCAGCAAGGUGAGGGAAGCAGUUGUGGACACUUUCCUGCAACUGGAUAAAGAAUUUGAGGCACAGGGUUCGGCGCAGCAAGGGUCCUCAACUGCUGCCAGGCUCCAGCUGCUGAAACAGAAGUCAACCAAGUCAGGUUGCACAGCGAGUGUUGCACUUGUGUGUGGGCAUCUCCUGACCGUUGCAAACAUUGGCGAUUCCGAAGCAUUCUUGGACACCGGUCGAAAGUAUAUUGUGGAGAUGACAAAGUCCCACAAGAUUGACAUCAACAUUGGGGAGCAAGAGCGGCUGAGGGCUGCAGGGAGGCAGGUUACUCAGCUUGGCGUGGACUUGUUUCGCCCUGCUGAAGAAGGAGAGAAGGGUGUGGGGCCCCUGAGGGUCUGGCCAUCUGGUCUUGCUGUUAGUCGUUCGGUGGGCGACUUCGACUGCGGAAGCGAAGUGACUGCUGCACCACACGUUCGUCAGGUGGAAAUACCUUUGGCAGGUGCAAGGCUCAUAUUGGCUUCGGAUGGUGUUUGGGAUCACAUAACAGGCAAGCAGGCAUGCAAGACAGCAAGGAAGUCUCGCAUCCAUGAGGUUCCUGAGGUCCUUAUUCGCCUAGUCGAGACGAAAUCCAAUCAUGGUGGCCUCACAGACGACACAUCUGUGCUUGUGGUGGACAUGCUUCCCAACAGUCGAGUUGACUUCAAAGAUGUCACGAAGAAGCUGCGUAGCCCACUUCAUGCCUUCAAGCGCUUUGUCCAACUAAAGGAGGCAGUGAGACCAGAGCUGUUGGCAGACUAUGAUGGAGUGGAGAAAAAGGAACAGGUGGAAGCCGCCAAGGUGGCAUAUGGCAAAGCCACCACAUUCGACCUUGAUGCAAGGCAACGAUCCAUUAGUGAGGAAGAGGAUGACAGCCAAGAUCUCUUUGUCUUGGGGUCCAACCAUAAGCCCGAUACGCCCCCUGGCCUGACGCCAGGCUCCAAUGUCAGCAAGAUAAUACUCAACCCUGAUGCAUUGGCACAGUCAAAGUCCUUGUAG